CAUCAGGAAGAAGAAAAAGGAGAGAAAGGGAGGCGACAGGACAAAUACAAUGAUCGCUGAAACUGGGAAAGACAUUCCGAAGGCCGAUUAUCUCCGAUCAGAAGCGAGCUCCUGCCCAGACUCCCCUGUCUCCUCUCCCUCUGAGCCCGGCCAGCUGAGCAGGAGGAGGGACACUCAGACCAGCAGCGGCAGCAUCGUCCCGGAGGAGAGCGGCAGCAUCCAGCCCCUGGUCUCCUCAUCCUGCAUCAUGACAUCGGGGGAGUUCAUGCAGACCGCUCCCCUGCUGGCGCACAAAUCCAAGAGGAGCCUGAUGUACAAGGCGCUCUGCUUCCUCCUCCUCAUAUUUCAGGGCGGCAUCCUGGAUUUCUACCUCAUCAUCUUCACUGACCUGUACUGGUGCUCGUGGAUAGCCACGGACCUGGUGGUGAUUUCGGGCUGGGGGAUUUUCUUCAUGAAGAACGCGCGGAGUAAAAGAGAGCGGGCCUGCGGCUUCCAUCAGAAGAGCUCCAUCUUCGGCUGCAACCUGGGGGAGUUCACCUACGCCUACCUGGCCUGGCUCAUCUAUGUCAUCGCCUGCACUCCGAAGGUGGUGCUCAUUCUAGAGACGUCCAUCCUGGACCUGAUCGCACUGAAGGUCCCGUGCGGGGUGACCGGCUUCAAAAUCAUCAUGCUGCUGUCCGCUCCGUUGCUCUUCUGCCUCAUCAACUCCAUCAUCGAGGACCUGAACGGCUCGACGCGGCACCACUCCCAGAACUGCUUCAUGAGCACCUGCCUGGACCUGCUGGACAGCUUCACCCUGGUGGAGAUGCUGCUCAGGAACGAGAUCCCCACCGUCUACCUGAAGUACACCGUCAUCUCGGUGUACUUUGUGGCCCUGGCCGUGCCGGUGGUCUGGCUCUACGAGCUGACGGCGUCGGAGCUGCGCUGCCGGUGGCUGUGGGCCCGCUUCUCCACCGGCCUGCUGGUCAACGCCCCGCUGCUGGUGGUCAGGUGCUUCCAGGUCUACGUCUACAAGACGUCGGUGUCGGUAUUCAUGUUCAAAAACAUCUUCUUCUUGGCGUGUAAGUUGAUGGAGCUGGUGGAGCAGUGCGUGGCGGUGCGUGGGGUCCGCAGGUUGGCCGGCAGCAGUAACCCGGCCCAGUUCUCCCACUGCGUGUCCGAGAACGACAUGUGUCCGCACGGAUACGUCAACACUCUGGCCGUCACCCAGUCCUAGAGGCCGGAGCAGAGCCCGGAGCAGAGCCCGGCAGACCGCCCUGCCUCUGGGGAUGGGGGAAAGUGGAGAGGUGGUGAUGCCUUCCAGACACAGCUGGAAACUGGGAAAUCCCAAACACUGCCCCAACUCUGGCUCCAGAUAGAGGCUUUGGAAAAGGAAGCCAACAGAAUCAAGUGACAGGUCAGGAUAGGGUUGGAGGACAGAACAGUACAGGGUAGAGAACCUGUUACAUUAGAACAUAAACCACGUCAACACUGAAAUGAAAACAAAUUCUACAAAGAAACUACAGUUUUCUUAGUUACUUCUGCCUCCACCUCAAUCCAGUGACAGGGCGAGAUUAACCCGAGGCCCUGGGGCCCCAGCACUGUUCUGUGAAGUUGAUUAGAAACAGUGUGUAUGACUCACUGCAUUAAAGAAUCACAUGUAUUUGUAGAGCACAUGUCCUUCCACUAACAGUGGAACAAUCUACAGAACACAUUGGAGACAGUUUUUCAUUCUAAAUUCCUAUUUAUAAACAUAUCUGUGUCUUUUUGGAAUAUCCACAGUAAUAAGGAAAUCCUUCAUGGUGAGACAUGUUGCUUUAGAACUUUUAAAAUAAGUAUGAACUGAAUGAUAUUCACCUCUUUACAUUGGGCUGAAGGCAGAACUUUCAGACAUACUGCUGUUCAAAAGUUUGGGCUCACUUACAAAUGUCCUUAUGCUUGAAAGAAAAACAUUUUUUUAGUGAAGAUAACAUAAAAUGAAUGAUAAAUCCAGUGUAGACAUUGUUAAUGUGCUAAAUGACUAUUCUAGCUGGAAACGGCUGAUUUUUAAUGGAAUAUCUCCAUAGGGGUACAGAGGAACAUUUCCAGCAACCAUCACUCCUGUGUUCUAAUGCUACAUUAUGUUAGCUAAUGGUGCUGAAAGGCUCAUUGAUGAUUACAAAACCCUUGUUCAGUUAUGUUAGCACAUGGAUAAAAUUGGGAGUUUACAUGGAAAUCAUGAAAUUGUCUGGGUUACAACAAACUUUUGAACAGUAGUGUGUGUAUUUACAGGUUUGACAAAUUCCACCAAAAACAUCUGGAUGGUUUGUUUCUUACGAGAGAGUGAGUCUCUUUUCUUUGUUGUUGUGUGGUACACUAACCCUUGAAAGAAUACAAAGUGUCAUGAGCAAUAGAAAAAAAACGCAGAAAAGCGGCAAUAAUAAACAUUACCACAGAUAAAGAGGAUAAAGAGGAACCCAAACUAACUUCACAGUUCUGUUUAUGUCAUUCAGGACCCCUUGGUGUUUGUGAACCACAAGACUCCUGUUACAACAAGGACUGGCUGUGAUUCAUGCCAGUCCUGCACUAAUUCACAAAAGUUUAUUUUCUUUUUGUUUUUGUUUUCAGUUUUGGUAUUUAAAAAAAACACCAUUCUCUAACACAUUUGCCAUCAUUUGGCAAAAGUAAGCUGAUAUGGAGCUAUGAGGCAGAACUCACUUUGGGCCCCUUUUGAGCAGGUAGUUGUCGUCCAACAGUGUACCCACAUUGUGCCAGUCAGUAAGAAAGGGUCAAGAAAUGCAUUAGGGGCCCUUGUCAUUUAGUGGUGCAUAUUGCCAAAUAACCUGGGAAUGAAUCUAAUUACCACAAAGUAAUGCUGAUGUAUGCUAGAUGUGUUUCAGGGCUUUUGAGAGUUUGCGGUUAUCCACUAGGUGUGACCAGCUGUGUUAGUCAAUAACCACAUUGCAUUUAUGGAUAAUCUAACAUGAUGUGAUGCCAGAAAAACUAUUCAUUGAGUCAUUUUACAGGCUGAAACCGUCUUCAGAGCAGCGGGGUUAGAAUAUGUCGCUGUGUUACAAUGACAUCUAACUGAACCUCUAAAAGCUUGGAGCUGACUAAAUUUCCUGAGUUUCCACUUGGAAUUCUGACUUUUGGGGUAAAUUGCAUUCUAUAUGCCAGUGGAUUUUCCAGUUUUUGAACAUGUCUGGUGUCAUCUGUACCAGCCUUACAAUGUUCCCUCUACAGACUGGUCUACAGGUGCUACAGUCAGACCCAACACCUGCAAUAGCCUACAACCGUACAAACUCUGAUGCACUGAACCUUCCUGAGGCAUGUCGGUCAGCCUGUGAGUUUCACUGCAGUAUUUUAAUGGAAUACAGAGAGACAGCAGCUGGACAAUGUGUAGAUUUAAGUGGCAAAGUGCAAUUUGAAGAGUCCUUUGGUUUGCUCUGAACAGCUGGGUUCUGCUUCAGCUAUGUACAUUAGUGUUUUCUAUUGAUGACCGUGUUGUCUCCUGGUCUGUGCUGGUUCUAAAAGCUGUGUCUGGUACUGACAGUAGAAUAGACAUGUGUAAGUUAAUGCAACGCUUAAAGACCCAACAGUGCCGUGAUAAACAGGUUUACUAAUCCUUUUCAAAUGGAUCCCUGUCCAGCAGCUCUUUCUGUUGGUAUCCCUGGCUGUGCUACUGUUCUCCAACUUAUGUCACUUUUUGGAUUGAGUCCUUAAAGAUCACCGGCUACUUCUCAAGCCUUGUUUAUUCUCCCUUGCAGAUGCACACAUGGACACGACAGACACACUUGUUGUUAUUCUACUUUUCUAUUCCAUGUUAGGCCACUUGGAGAACUCUGUUCCAUACCUGUGCAAUAGGUCAUAUCUACAUAUUCCACACAUAUACACGACUGCGGAGCAUGCACAUUAUUGACCCAUGUAAUGGAGUCACCUGCACAACACAACUUUUGGGCUGUACACAGAUGUCCACACAGGAGUCCAUGUGGACGCUCACAGCCUUGGAGAGAGGACAAAAUGUAUGUCACAGGAACCCCAGCAGACCCUCAUGCAAUCAGACGCACAAUGUGAAAAUAGGUUAUUCCAGAAGUGGAGGACAUUUGGCCUGCACAAUUUUUGGAAAAUAAACCUUCUCUGUUACAGUUUUCUGCUUCAUAUUCAUCAAUAAUAGGUAAUAAACUAUCAGAGGCUUGAUUGGCUCAGCUUACACAUCAAUGGUACCAUUUCUAUUCCAUGUUUUAUUAGUUGUUUGCUAACCCUACUCUAAUCACAGUAACGGGGUUGCUAAUCCAUGCUAAUGUGAUCUUUUUCUCAGCAGUAGAAGCUAGAUAUUUAGCUAGCUGUUACUGCUGACCAAGAGGACAAACUGACUGAUGGAAAACAGUCCAAAGAAUGAGUCUGAUCCUGAUAAUAUGAGGUAGAGUAAGACAUUCAAUCAAGGCUGACAAGGGGAUGAAAAGAUGAAAAAUAGAAGAGAAGACAUAGCGUUGCUCUACCCAUUCUUUAGGAAAACUGUUUGAUGAUGUUAAUUCCACGUGAUUCACUGUUUUCUUCUUCUUCUACCAGAUAAAAAGAUUAUGCUAACAGGACUGUUGUGGGACACGUUCCUUGCAUAAUAAUUAUUAUUAUUUUAAAAUAUUAUGUUGAUUAAGAAAAAUGUUCCCAGAAUUACAAGACACCAAUGAAAAAAUAAUACCAAAAAAGAGUUUUAAAUUGCAUUUUAACUGUAUUAUUUGAGGUUCAGUUUGGUCAUCAGGGGGUGGGACAAGAGAAAAAUGGAAUUUUUGGAGAAACACCAGAAUUAUUUGGUAUUUUGAAAAAUAUUUUCAAGCAUUCUUUUCUUCUAGUUUUUUUUUUUUUUUUUAGAUUUGGUCUCAGGACAAGAACAUUUACACAACAACAGUGUUUUGUACAUGGAUUAUUUUAAAUUUGAUAGGUGGGAUGUAAAAUGUCCUCCAGUUCUGGAAUGACCCUUCUAAUGCUGUACUCACUGUGACAUCUGUCAUUUCAAGGCCCAUAGUUCUCUGGAUAACAAACUGGCUUAACUCAGUUUGUCAGAAAAUAAAUGAAUACAUAAAUAUAACACUCAUUCAUUUCAUCAUAGGGCUUCAGUAUGUUUUAUUUUCUAAAAGCUUAUGCCCACUAUACAGAAAAUCUCAGUAGACUGAAAGGUUUGUGUCAUUUUCAACACACCUGUGAAGUCGGGAACUAUAUUUGUGUUACUUUCUUCAUACUUCAUAAUAUAUGGAAUCUCAUUUCCCCCAUGAAAUCAGUUAAACAUUAGAACAACUGAGACUUGCGAAAAUGUUUUCAUGAGGUCAUGAGUCUUUUCUUAAUCAAAGUCAGAGUCACAGAUUGACAUACGUAUUCCAGCUGAGCCUCCACUAAUCAGCAUUUUCAAAUUACCAGUGGAUCAAAUGUGUUGUCAUAGUGAGGAACCCACAAAGACAAAUUCCUCUGUUUUAGCUCAACACGGCCUUUUAACUUUAUUUUCUAGCCUGGUUUCAGUGAAAUGAAGACCCAUGAAUGCAAAGCUCUACCCAGUGUGUUUUCUCUGGUAAAUAAGUGCCUCUCAAAGCAUUGUGGGGUAGAAGAACACACAAUAGAGAGGUGGAACAGAGGUGUUGUUUGCUUACAUAUUUGGAGGAUGUCAGUGUUGUAAUAUCUGGGCUCCCUCCUUCAAUGUGCUCUGACUUUAAAAUGCAUCGUACAGUGCUGAGUGGUAGUCCACAGCACAGAACACUGCCUUCUGUUUGAUUUCUCAUGAGAAAAAAAGUACCUUCACACAGAGACAUUUAAAGUGUUGUUUUAUUUAGACAGCGUUUGCUAGUGAACAAACUCUUCAGAUUUCGAGCACAGACAUACCUCCAACAACCGUAGAUUUACAACUUUAUUUAUCAGACACUCUUAUCCAACGAGGCGUUUAUCUGAGAGUAGAUACGGCAUGAGACAGGCAUACAGAGCAGCACUGGACUACUAAAAGGUCUGUUUUACUCAUGACAGUUUCUGUUUUCAUUCUUAACUGUAAUCUGUCAGACUACCUGGUGGAAAUGGGCUUCCAUAUUAUACAACAUCCUCUCUUGUUUUGUGCUAUAAAUAGUUUGAGCAGACUUAAAAAAAGGGACUGUAACCAUGAUAUGGUUGGCUCAGGUACAUUUGGAAAUGCAGCUUUACCUCCAGUCAUGAGAGCAUUGUUGCCACAGUAGGACGGGGUGUGCUGUUUACUGAAACACAGUCAGCUUUGUGUCUGUUUUCCUGACGUGUCCUUGGCAUGUCAUUUCAUUGUGCGAAGUGUGUGAUUAUGACAACCCACACUGCCAACAAUCCAUACUGGUUCUAAAUCAAUCCAAAUGUUUACUACAAGUUUAGUUUGAAAACGUAAUUAAAUAUUUGUAAUUGUCACGAGGAUUGUUGGAUGAACUGAUAAAUAUGGUGCAGCCAGCAGGUGUUUCAGGUCAGCAGAUCUCAUCAGGGUCGUUGUGGAAGUCUGAUCCUUGGUGCAGUGACUGCAUGUGGUGUCUCCAGAGGUGUGUCUUCAUGACAAAGCUGUCAGGUUUAAGCUCUGAGCCAGGUUAGUAGUCUCUUCCAGCUUUACUGCUAAAUUAAGCCUGACAGAGAGAACAACCCAAGACAGCCAUUUUAUAAGUGUUGCACAAAAAUGAUCCAUAGACCAUUUAAACAAAUAAAAGGUGACACAAAUUAUCCAACUACUUGUAGUGAAAGUCCACUGCAGAGUGGGUGUAAAAGCUUCCAUACUGAUGAGCUGAAGUGAACCAUAGGACUGCACUACAAAGCGAGAUUAGAGGGUGAGUAGUGGAGUUUUCUGUGUCAUGAAGGUGGCUGUCUUUUAUCUAGCUAGGUCCCCAUGGUAAGUGAUGCUGUGGAGCUAACCUGGUCUGGAGCAAGUUUUGCUCAGAAUUUCUGAUGUAAAUCAGCUGGAAGAAGCGUCUCCCGUUAAACAAAGCAUUUCCUAAUGAUUCUUCAUGAGUGAUCCAGAUUCUCAGCUGAGGGAAACUGUUUGAUCUGCAGAUCUGUUAAGCUGUACUUUACUGAUAUCACUGAAUGAAGCUGUGUAGUUACAGUAUCACACACUGUAAGUAUCAUGCUGCCAUGGGAACUCAACAUGGACAUAUCAAAAGAUAGGAUAGAGUUAAGGUUAGGGAUGUGAUUUUUUUAAUAUCCAGGCUGCAUUCGGCAGGGUAAAACAUCGAAGAAACAACAUGAUGUUUUGCUGCUUUAUUCGCUUUCUUUCCCAAAGUGCAAUGAGUAAGAUUAUGUCAGUAUCAUAUUAGAUAUGGAGGCUGAGUCAGGAAAUGAUUAGCUUAGCUUAGCAUAAAGCUUGGAAACGUCUGGAAACCGCUAACGUGGUCUUCUCAAGGCUCAAACAUAUAGCAACCAGAACUAAAGCUAAUAAUUAGUCUUACUGGCUUUCCAGAAAUGCAAAAACCUAUGCUAUGUUAGCCCUAAAGAGCUAAUUCAUUAGCAGUAGCUGCACAGCUAAUGCACAUCCAGAGGAAGUGAUGUAAAAUUCUACAAAAUAUAAAUGAUACUGGCAUUGUGAGAACUAAAAAAAAACAGAACAGAGAACUUCAGAUUUGGUAUGACACAGUGCUGAACUGAUAACACUGUAAAAACGGUGCAUGUGUACAAAGUUUACUCGGCCUCAUCUCUUGUAACGUCGAUCUCGUUUUCCUCUUCUUCGUAUAAAAACAUUUAUAUUUAUAUUUAUGUGAUUUCUGCAUCCCUAACUAAAUAGUUAGGGAUGCAGAAAUUGUAUAAAUAUGUUUCUGUUUUGUUCUGAUUUCCUGUCAAGUCAGCUCCCACUGCUGGUGCUGCAGAACACAGAUUAGAAAACUGAUCAUUCUACUGGUAUUUAUUACAGAGAAGAUUUAAUCAGUAACAUUAGGUUUCCUUUGAUUUGGCCUCAAAAUAAAGUGAUAUCCUGCAUUAUGGGACUGUGCCAGACCUAAAUACACUUCAAUACAACAUCAUGUUUAAACAUAUAAAGUCUAAAGCUGAAAAAUUUCACUAUGCAUGUGUCAGUUAUCAAUAAUCAACUGCAUUGAUCAGUAAAAUACAUGUUAGGCAUGUUUAACAGUUUUCUAAUAGCAUUCCUGUCUUGCAUCAUUUGCAGCAGCAGCUUUACAGUCAUACAUUUGUAUAUUCUUCAUUCCUUUAAAACAACCUCUGAUUGAAGCAGCGAAACACAAUUGUUUCAUUUUGUGUGGAAGAAGGUUCUCAUGAUACGUUAAACUCCUUCUUUUGAGUUAAUGCACACAGAGUUUGAAGCAGAAAACGUGACUGAACAAAGACAGUUGAUAACCACAUUCGUGAUACCCAUUUUCUCUGAAUGAGGCUUUAGUUUUUGUCAAGCCGACUUCCACAAAGAAAGCCCAGCUAUGUGAACUCGGUUCAUAGUUCAGCCCUGGGGUGCUGCUGGGAUUAACAGAGGUGAUAGCAAACCCCCUCUCACUGGGUCUGCACAUUAUUUACUAUUUAAAGUAUAUUCAAUCAGUAUAUGUGACUAAAGAGCAGAUCUACAUGCAGAUCUGAACUCAUUUCAGUGCCCAUUGUUUUGGAGAUGAAUGAAAUCAUAGUCCAGUGAGUAAUCACAGUGAGGUUAUCAAACAAAUGCUGUCCCAGCUUUGUUUGCUCUUCAGCGAGUGAUUCAUGUCUGCAGGUCAGAGGUUAUGGUGAUUUGUGCCUUGCUUGCUGAACUGCUGAGGGGUCAAGAGUGAAAGGAGGAGAAAAAUACCACAAAGUUAACAAAACAUUUUUGUCAAAACCUUAUCUCUUUGUUCUCCACAUAACAAAUAAUUUAGUGGACUCACGCGUUGGUCACUUUCCAGGCAGCAGUGGUGUCUAGUUCACUAAAUACAGCUUUGAAAGUAAACUUGCUGAUUUCAGACCUGCUAAAUCAUCACGUCUAUUUUUUUUUGUCAGUGUUGAGUUACACUUUUUUAGUAAUGCAUAAUUAAGAGUAGAUUGAUUUGAAAAGUCUGGAAUGCACACCAUAUGUCCAUGGCCAUCGUAACGCAGACAGACCCAAACAAUUAGAAAGAAACACACUAGCAUUCACAAGUUUGGGCUCUCUUAGAAAUGUUCUUAUUUUUGAAAGAAGUAACAUCAAAUGAAUGAUAAAUCCAGUGUAGACAUUGUUAAUGUGCUAAAUGAAUUUUCUAGCAGCAAACGUCUGAUUUUUAACCGAAUAUCUCCAUAGGGGUACAGAGGAACAUUUCCAGCAACCAUCAUUCCUGUGUUCCAAUGCUACAUUGUGUUAGCUAAUGGUGCUGAAAGGCUCAUUGAUGGUUAGAAAACCCUUGUGCAGUUAUGUUAGCACAUGGAUAAAAGUGUGAGUUUUCAUGGAAAACAUGAAGUUGUCUGGGUGUCCCCAAACUUUUGAAGUAAUGAAUAAUUACGCUUCAGAAACAAAUUUCUUCUUGUGAUUCUCAUGCUGUAUUGAAAUGAAUUGAAAGCAGUGAUGCUUGGAAGUAAAAAGGGUCUGAUGUGGAAACCAAGUGUGGCUUUAAACUAAGUCAUGUAAAGUUUUACUCAAUCCCAGCGGUGCUAUUACUGAAGCGGUGUAGUUUAUCCUGGUGUCAGGCCAUGCGUCUUGUAUUUUAAAUUGAGAGCAAAAUUGUAUAUAAAGAGCUUUAAGAACACAAUGUAUUUACAGCUUAAUGUGGGUAGUUGUCUUCAAACUUGUUGAAGAAACUUUUCAAUUAUUCCUAUGCAUUAAACAUGAGGAAAUGCUUAAAUCACUUGAGUUCUACAAAGACAGAGAACUGUGCUAAUCCAAUUGGCUGAAUCUGUUCCAGAGUAAACAGACAAAUGGGAGAGGAGGCUGUCAAUCACUCUCCCUUCAAAGAUCAGCUCUUCUAAUGGAGGUCGGCAGUCACUGAUGUGUCUCCUAUUAUGUCCACCGAAUGUUUCGUAUUUAUGUCACAUGAUCUCAGCAGAGAUAUCUUUACAACAAAGACUAUCUUUUGAUAAAAUCUUGGACCUUUUAUUAUUUCAAAGUUUUGAUGAACUCUGCAGACAUCCCGUGGCUUUGAGGUUGACCCUGAUGACCUCUCUGUGGAGGACUGCAGAACCAGAAAGACAUGUUUAGUGGUUCUCAUUGCUUUCUUUCCAUAUUGCACUGGUAGCUUAACAGUGUUUGUUUAUUGCUUAUUAUAUCUUGCCAAAGUAGUUAAAUGGUUAUAUUUUAUACUAUUUUGUAUUAUUUCCUUGUGCCAGUAAUCUAUUAGACCUUUGUAUAUGUAUACAAUGCUGCUGGAAAGGCUCUCUAACAAUCUGUAUUUAGAUGAAGGAAGAUUACCACACAGUUUAAUCACAAGCAGGAGCACAUAUUUGCAUUAAAGUUAAGAAUAGGAGGCCUUCAACCUGUAUGAAAAACCGCGUUGUGUAACUAUACUAAAGCUACCAAAGGCUUCAAUGACAUGGACAUUCAAAGGGCCAAUCAUGCUACGCAGAUGCAAAUGCUUUUUCUUGCUUAAACCUUUGUGCAAUGAAAAACACAAUGUGCAAUUUAAACAGUCUCCUGUCCUAUCUUAUAAUAUACAGGCUUCCCUUUUGUUUGAACUUGUUUACAGGACGUAGCUGUUGUUUACAGAUAGGACUUGUACUGUAAAUCUUUGUGGUGUAUAUCUAAACUGAUACAAUGUAAUUCAUGUACUGUAGAUGUAACAGAGUAUUAUGUGGUUGAAACCUAAAAUAAAUCAGAGAAAGUUACAAA